AUGCAGUAUCGAACUCUUCUCCUCGCUACUCUAGCAAUAUCCGCCUUUGCAGCUCCACUCGCCAUCGCCAACCCAAACCCAGCCCUCGACCUCCUCACCGCCCUUGGCGCGGACCCGACCGGUGUUGGCGCAGCCCUCGCCGCUGCACUUCCCCUUGUCGGUGCUGGAGCCGGUGGCGGCGCAGGAAAUGGUGGCAUCGGUGGUGGACUCGGUGUAGGGACCACGGAUCGUGUCGCUGCUCAGAUCGCGAGCAGCACGAACCCUGUGGCCGGUGGAGGGACAGGGUCAGGAGUUGCGGUCGCGGCGCCUGGUACGGGCCUUGGAGCUGGACGCGGUGCUGGUGGCAAUGGUCUUGGUGGAGGGGUUGGGGGUGGGAGUAGUGUUGUUUAG